AUGCUCGACAUAGAAGACUUUGAGAGCGCCUUUCCUGACGGUGUCACGUAUUCCGAUGGUGUUGUGCAGGCGAUACAAGAGUUCCAACAUGCCCUCGGUGGAAAGACGUUCUUUGAACGGUUGCUGGUUUUGCUCAAGGUUCAGGGUAUCUCAAUUGGAUAUCAUGGCAGAAGAAAGCUCUACCCACCCAAAAACACCCAGCAGCUUCGUGACCUGCACGAGCGCAUCAUCAACGCCGAGACCUCUCUACACAACAAGCAUUGCUUGAUCUUCUACCUCCUCAAAGAUCUAUCGCCGCAACACCAUGGGCCGACUGAGCUUGCGACAAGCUUUGCGCGCGGUGUGCACCUUGAAACACGCUUCUGGACAUUCAUUGAAGGACUAUGGGCUCUCGAUCAUCUGGAAUUUAGGACUGCGGUCGGACACCUCACACACCCGAGCAUCAUACCGACGUUCCCCGAUGAGAUUAUGCUCACACUCCUCAAGGGCCGCGAAAAGCUAGGCAGUGUGGGUGUGCAGAAGUCCCCCGAAGACGACAUCCUGCCGCUAGCAUACUACAACUGCGUCAAGCCGCCGCUAGAGGACCAGAAAGUCCGCAACGAGUUCGCGAAAUACCUCUCAUUGCGCAACGUCACCGAGACAUACCACUGGAUCCGGGAUCGACCAGAGUACGAGCACAAGCCACUGCUUGAGAUAUUGAUGGAACAGACGCUGGAGCGCAGCAACUGGUCAGGCGUUGGCGAGAAGGACUCAUACCCGCGCUCAGACAAGGCGGUGGAGUUUGUCAGCUUGCCGUUCAAUGAAGACGAGGAGGCUUUUGUUGAGAAGUUCUUAACCGAGGGCAAGGGCCGGAAUUUCCAGGGUGCGCAGGAUACAGUGCUGAUGCGGAGGGUUGCCAUGGGCAGGUUGGCUGAUGUUGCAAAUGACCAUGAUACGCGCGGAAGGAGAGUCGAUGGCGUUACGUGGGACUUGCUUAAAGACGGUGUUAGCCAUGGUCUAGGUCCGAGGAAGGACGAGGAGAGCUUCGUGGUUUGA